UCUUUAGAACUCAAACUUUGCUUUUACUUGAGUGGCAGAGGGAGGAGAGGAAUCCGAUGGAGAAGAAGAGAGAGAAGAACAAAUCCAAAUGGAACAACAAUCACAUCCGCCGCCGGAAUUUGGGGGUCGCCGUCGAGUUCCCCAAACACCUCUAGCAAGACAGGUCUGUAGAAACGAAAUAGAAAAAUACAUCACAUCAUGGUUGCUCAUAGAAACAGAGUAAAACAGAGUGACUCUGUUUUUCCUUUUCUUUUUUUCAAAUCUCAAUCGGAACAGAGACAAAGAGCUGGAAGAAUGACGGUGAACGAUUUGAAAGAAUAUCUUCACCUUCCGAUCAGCGAGGCAGCGAAGAAGAUGAACCUUUGUCUCACAGUCGUCAAGAAAAUCUGCCGCCGGAGUGGGCUCCGCCGCUGGCCUUACAGGAAGGUGAAGAGUUAUCAGAGGAAAAUGGGAGCUUUAGGGACGAGAUUGAGAUCGAGAGAUGCAGAGACGAGGGCCAGAGCUGAGGCUGAAAUGGAAAGGCUUCGCCAAGAAUUGGCUCAGUUUUGUGCCGGAAUUGUACCUGAUUAAAACGCCGACGUUUUUGUUCAUUUGCAAAGGAGCGUUUGUGGGAGGAUCGAAGAAGAACUUCCUCCUCCAUCCUUCGCCGCAAGAAGCCAUGGAGGAUUGGGACGAGACGAUGCCGUUACCUGGAGAUGUAAUUGAAGGGGUUGCAGAAGGCGAUAAUGAUGAGCUGUUUGUUUCGGCCAAGGCCAAGGCUGAUCUUAGUUCGCAGCUGGGCAGGAUCAACCAGCAGUUCGAAGUUGUGUGGUUGAAGGUGAAGCGUGGAGAUGCCACACUUAAGCUUCGAGCACGCAUCAUUCAAGAGAAGGCAUCAAUUUUGCAAAGAAAAUUCACCAUUCGAGCGGCAACUGAUGAUCGACAUGUUGCAGUACUAGGGGAUCUCACCCUAGACCAGUGCUCUGAACUGCAGGAAAUGAGUAGAAGAAUAUCAAACCUGAAUGGUGGAGAAUUUAACAGAAGAGGUGUGAAGUAUGAAUGGAGCAAGAAACUCGACCAGAAUCUUCCUGAUCAUCGUUCGUCAAUCAUAAGCUCCAUCCUGUUCAUGCCAUUGAAAGGCGAGCACUCCCUGGAGGCCACGACUAGCCGGUGUAUGGCCUGGUUUUGUGCUGCAGUUUCUUCAGGAGCACCUCUGGUGUUUGUCAAUAUUCAAUCGGAACAGAUAGUUAAUAAGAAAAAUAGGAACACAGGAAAAGAAUCAUGGUGGAGCAAGCAACAAAACAACACUCCAAACCUGCGGGUUGUGCAUGGAAUAAGGCUAUGGUUUCUGCCUGGCGUAUCAGAAGUUGGACUUGAAAUGAUUCCUGCACCGGGGGAUGUUCGUUUCGGGAUGGAUAUACAAAGAACUGAAGAGGGUUUCAUCUGUGUCAGUUCGGUGACAAAAGGUUCUGCGGCUGACCGAUGUGGGCUUGGCAGCCUCUUGGAAGAGGCAAAGUCAACCAACUAUCUCCUGUUGAUUUCCCGAUUAGAAGGAAAGAGCGUAAUCCCAUCAAAUGUAAGCUCUACUGGGCUAAUUCACUGCUGCGACCAAGCCGAGAUAAGAAGCACUCUUGUUUCUGCAAUGGACAGAAUGGAUAGUGUUAGACUCCAUAUCAUGGCUUUGCCUGAUAGUUCUGAUGCUCAAGCAAAUGAAAAACCUCUAAGCUUCAAACAACCGGAAAAUUUGUCCCUUAAAUGAACCUCACAAGAAUUCUAACAUUCAACAUAUAUAAUGUGAACCUUUCAAUGAAUGAAUAUGCAUGUAAAAACAGGUCGCAUUUAAGAA